AUGACGGAAAGAUCACUAUAUUCAUAAGUUAAGAAAAGGGAUGCCAAUGCUAAUGCAACUGCUAGUGCUGCUAUGGCUUCAACUGGCUUUUAACAUAAUCAAAAUUAAAUUAGUAAAGAAAGAAAUUUUUCCCCUUAAGCAACUUCAAAUUUUGGAGGCUUUAACCAUAAUAAUGAUUAAAUUAAUCAUUAAAGCAGCUUCAAACAAUAGAAUCUAUUAGACAAUGCAGAUAAUCCCUUUUUCUAAAUUGAUGUAAGAAAUCUAGAUCAGUUUCAUAACUCAGGUUAAACUUAAUCUAUACAAAAAGAACCAUUAAAAAUUCCAAGUAUAAACCCAAAUAGGAAUCACUAUGAAAGCAAAAAAUCUUAGCGCUCAAAGAGUGGGCAGAGAUCUAGUAAAAAUAGUGUUAAUUAAAUUUAAAACAGCUAAAUGAAUCCUAACAUCAAUAGCAAUUUGCAAAUUUAAGGCAAUAAUCCAUAAUUAACAAAGCCUCAUUAGCAAUCAGAUGCAGCUAAAAUUAUAUUAAAUGAGUAUUUAAAUUAGCACAGUGAGCUUUUGUAGUCCAUAAAUAACACAAAUAAUCUUUAAAAGCUUUCUCAUUAUAUCAGAGAUGGUGUGAAAUCUUCAAUUGGCUAUCAUGGAAAUCGUAGAGAUGAUAACAACAACACAUCAUCAAGAUUAAAUUAUACAAACGAUUUAUAAACUAGCUAAAAUUUUAACAAUCUAACUAUGAAUGGCCCAACAAAGACUGCAUAAGAUUCUAAUUAAAACAACAACAACAAUAGUUCUAACAGGAGAACACCUUAUUAAUUAAGUGAUGCCUAAAAUUAAGAUUAAUAAAAUAACAAUUAGUUCCACCUCUCUAAAAAGUAUAUAAACUCUGGAUCAUUUUUUACUAGGAAGAAUUAACAGACAAAUAAUUAUUUAUAGCCUAAUGAUUAACAUAAUAUUCCUUAAAUACCGUUGAGAAGAGGUGAUUCAGGUUUAACAUCUGAUGAUAUGGGUGCUCAUUAGAAUCUUAUUGGUUUUAGUCAGACAGUUGGAAUACCAACUAAGAAUAAUGUAAAAAAUACAAAUGGCAAUAACCUUUAGUAAAACAAGAGUGUAAAAAUAAGGAGCUUCACUCCAAAUUUAAGAUAAUAUAAAACUGGAGGAUAAGUCAAUUCUUCUUUAACUCAUAGAGGUAAUUUAGGAUCUAUUGAGAAAGGUAGAGAUGAAAAUGAUUAAAGAGCUUAUCCAAAUUUUAGAAGCAAUACAAAUAGUAGAGAAAAUCUAAGCUCAAGUAAAUAUAAAUUUAAGCAAAUACCAUUAACAAAUAAGGGUAUAAAUAAUAACAGCUUGUCAAUUAUGCCAUUGAACAGUCAGCCAAAUUAACAACAUCUAACAACUGACGUAUUGUCAACUUAAGAGGCUGCUUUCAAAACUGAGAAUGACAUUUACACACAACCUUAAAUAGAUAAAUAUUAAUAUUAUAUUAUGAAUACAAAUCCUGAUUAAAUUCCCACAAAUUAAAGAAGUAAAAAACAUAAUAAUGGCUAAAAUUAUCAAUAAAAUUAAAAUUAAAAUGGAGUAACCAAUUCAGCAGCUAAAUUGGGUGAUGAUAAAAAUAAUAGUAGCUAAUCGAGUCUCAAUAAUAAUUAAAAUAAUAUUCCUAACAAAAAUGUUUCUUCGCCAACAAGUAAUUCGAAUGGAAAUCUUAAUAAUAGGCCUAAAUCAAAACAAAGCGGGUAGAGGAACUAAUUAAAGCAAAAGUAAGAUGAGAAAAUGGAAUAAAUUAAAUAAAUCUAUUUGAAAAAUGAUAAAAGAAGCAAAAGCAGUGGAAGAGGGAGUAAGCUAAACGAGAUUCCAGAACAGGGCUACAAUUAGAAUGGUAACUAUUUAACUGACAGCUAGAAGAGUAUUCCUAAAUAAAGACAAAAUAAUCCCUUCUAUGUAUAGUAAAUCUCACACCAAUUAGAGGAAUUUGGUGAUGAAGUUGAAGAAAUUGAUGUCACUGAAAUGUUUAAAAAAUAGAGUAAAUUAUAGCAGAUGGACUAUAAUCAUAAUCUUUAGUUCUAAUAAAUUAAACCAGAUAAAAAUAACUCGGCCUCAAAGCAAAAUAAAAGAUACUAGAAUAAAGAUUUAGAAGAUAGUGAUUUAGAGGGAGCCAACAGCAGACUUCGUUAAUCUCAUCUUCCAGCUAAAGGUAGUUAACAAAGUAGCAACAAUACUCAAAAUGAUGUUCUUGGGACAACUGGAGCUUCAGUUACAGGUUACAGUUUAAAUCAUUUAAUUAAUAAUGAAGAUAAUGCAGCCCAAUAAAAAACAAUUAGAUUAGAUGAUAUUAAUGACAGUUUCCAUACUGAGGUAAAUCAAAAAAGAGCUAAUGACUCUUCUCAAAUAGAGAAAACAUAAAGUUCGUAAAAUAAAAACACAAGUAGUAUCUAUGCAAAAGUUAUUUAAAAAAUAACAUAAAAUAAUGGAAGUUAAUUAUAAAACUCCUCUAAAUUGCAUGCAAUAAAUAAUAAUUCUGGUGACUAAAAACAAAUUCCUAAUUAAACAAAUAGCAGUAUUUUAAGUACUAGCCAAUAAGGAUUUCGCAGAUCUACUUCUUCUUUUACAAAAUAGAAAAUAGGAACUGAGAAUGGAUCCAAUUAAAAGAAUUAAAUGAAUUAAUCUCAGCAUUAGCAAAAAAAUAAUUCAAGCUUACAAAACUAAGAUAAUGUUCGUGGUAGCUUUUCAGCUAAUCCAUCAGUAUAAAAUUUAAACAAUCAUAAUAAUGAAAAUAAUUUAUCAAACAUUAAUAACCAAAACCAGCAGCAAUAAAGAUGUAAUUCUAAAUCUUAAAUAAGAAAAAAAACAAUUUCACAGACAGGAUCUUCUAAAAAGAGUCAAAGCAGUUUUGAGCAGUAUCCAGAAAAAAAUUAAAAAAAUGAAAAUGAAUAAAUCCAAAACUAAAAUCAUUAAUUAAACUAACCAAAUUAGCAAUUUACAAAUCAAAACUAAUCUCAUCUAUCUUCAAGCAAAAAAGAAAAAACAAGUUAAAAAUUCGAAAAUCAAGACUAAUUAUAAGGGAGUAACAAAGAUAAAUAAUAAAAAGAAAAUAAUAAUUAAGGUAUCAACUCAGAUAAAUAGGUUAGUUAAUAAUCAUAGAGUCAAUAAUAGGAGUAUAAAAAUGAUAAAAAUAAUUCACUUUCUUAAAAAAAAGAAAAUCAAAAUUUAGAAAAUUAAAUCAACCACAGCAGUAACAAAAAUAACAGUAAUAAUAAUAAUUAGCCAGAUUAAUAGCAUAAAAAUAUUCAAGCAAAAAAAGAAGGACAAAAUGAAAAUCUGAGUUCUACUAAGCCUCCAUUAAUUACAAAUAGCAUUUAAGUAAAUGGAUCACAAAAAAAUAAUAAUGAAAUUUGUGAUAAAAAUAAUAUCUCAAAUUAAAUUUCACAAUAAAAAUAAUCAAAUAAUAGUCAAUAAAAUAAUGGAUAAAAUGAAAGUAAUCAGAAAAUAGAUGAUAAAAUAACUUUAAGUCAAAUAAAGCAAGAUAAGAGUAUUGUGAUUGACUCUGAUAUGACAGGUAGACUUAAAAGUAAUGACUCUUAAUAAUAAUCAAGUUUAGAUGAUAAGCAGCAGCAAGUGAAUUUAGGGUUAAAAGAAAAAUAAUCUUCUUUAAAUAAUUAAGAUAACCAUUAAAAGUCAGGACAUAAUUAAGAAGUUUAUCCUUAGAAAAAACUAAGCAAUGAGUCUAAUAAUCAAUUAAAUAAAGAUUCUGGAAUUUCUAGUAGAUCUACCAAAGAGAAUGGUAUUAAAAGCUAGAUUUAGUAAAUUCAAUAAGAUGUUGUUAAUAAUUUACAGGAAGCAUAAAAAGAAUAAAAAUAAAAUAAUAAAGAUAAAUCAAAGUUAUCAUCAGAUUCUGGAUUAUAAAACAAGUAAAUUAAAAAUGAAAAAGAACUGAGUAAUUCAUAAUAACAGUAAAAAAAAUAACUUAAUGAGAGUAAAAAUUCCGAUAAUAAAAAUUUAGAUAAAGUUUAAUAAGAUAAUUCAUAAUAAAGGCAAAAUGAAAUUAACCAUGCUGAAAGUAAGUCUAAUGAAAUAUAAAAUAAUAACUCUUCAAUAAAAAAAUCUCAAAAUUUAAACUCUACAAUUAGUCAAUAAAAUUAACUUUAAAACAGCUAAAGCUAAGAGGUUAAUUUAGAUUAAAAUAACAACAAAUAAAACUAAUAAUUAAACAAAAAUUAAACAAGUUAAAAAUAGAAUGAUAAUUCUUUAAAUGAUUCUAAGAAUCAGUCUAAAAUUAAUUAAAACUAAUCAAGUAGUGAUUAAUAAUUAGAACAGAGUGAUAGUAAUAUAAAUUAAGCUGAUAAGAAUAAUAAAAUUUCUAAAAAUUCAUAAUUAAGUUAAAAUAACAACAAAUAAAACUAAUAAUUAAACAAAAAUUAAACAAGUUAAAAAUAGAAUGAUAAUUCUUUAAAUCAUUCUAAAAAUCAGUCUAAAAUCGAUUAAAACUAAUCAAAUAGUGAUUAAUAAUUAGAAUAGAGUAAUAGUAAUAUAAAUUAAGCUGAUAAGAAUAAUAAAAUUUCUAAAAAUUCAUAAUCAGAUGAAUCAAGUAAAAAUUAAAAUUCUAAGAUGAAUUAAGAGAAAGAUUUAAACAAAAAAGAAGUUCAAAAUGAAGAAGAAGUAAACAAAUAAGAAUCUUAAUCUAAAAAAGAUUUAAAAGAAAAUAAAAAUUCUUAAAAAGACCAAUAAGAGAAUUUGAAAAAAAAAGAUGAGUUAGAAUAAUCUAAUAAAUAAAAAAAUAUCAAUUAGAAUCAUAAAGAUGGAGAAUAGCAUCAUUCUAAUUCAUAGAAAGAUUUAAAAGAAAGCAAGGAUUCUAAAAAAGAUUAAAUAUAAAAUAUAAGCAACUAAAAUGGAUAAGAUAAGUAAAAUAAAAAUGUACAUGAUAAUCAAAAAAGUAAUUUAAAUAAUUAGAAAGAUAUAUCAUAAGAUAGUUAGUUAUCAUAAAGUGAUUCUAAGAAAGAUCUUAACUAAAGAAAUAGUUCUGUUAAAAAAAAAUCAAUCAUAAACAAUUCUUAAAUAAGCAAUUCUGAUAAAAAUAAGGAAAGUUAAAAUUCAAGUAAUAAACUUAAAAAUAAUGAAGAUUAGUUGUAAAGUGAAUAAAAUAGCAGCAAAGAUAACUUAAAAAAAGAUAAAAGUGAAACUUAAAAAAAGGAAUAAAAUCAAUAGGAAUAGUAAUUAUCUUAAAACUUAAAAAACAGAAGUGAUCCAAAUAUCAAUGAUUCAGAAAGUUAAAUGUAAAAAUCUAAAAGAGAAUAAGAUGCUUCUUUAAAUAACUCAAGUAAAAUUUCAAAAAGAAAAGACAGCCUCAAUAAAAAUAAUUAAUAAAUUGAUGAAUAAAGUAACUAAGAGAAUAAAUCAGCUUUGUCUUAAAGAAAAAGCUAAAUAAAUAACGAAAAUUAACAGAAAAAUGUUAAUGAUUAGGAGGCUAAAAAUAACUUAAUGGAAUAAGAUAAGAAUAACUCAUAGAAUUAAAAUUAACUGAAUGAAUCAUCAGAUAAAAAUUAAAGCAAAAGCUCAUUAUCAUAGAGUAAAAUAAAUCAAGAUGAUUUAUAACACUCUAACUAAUCUAAUCAACAAAGCUAAAAUUUAAAAGAAGAAAAAGAAGAUAAAGAUAGAAAGUCUUAAGUUCAAGGCUAGGGCUAAGAUAAAGUUAACAUUGAUCAAAAUGCUAAAAUAAUAAAUGAAACUAAUGGGAGAGCUGAUGGAGUAGUUAUUAGAGAAAUUAGAGAGUAAAAUGGAAAUGAAUUAAGAAUAAUUACUGAAGCUAGAAUUAUUAUUUAAAAUGAAAAUAAAGAUGAUAAAUAAGGAGGUAAAAAAUAGAAACAAAACAAUUUAUAAGAAAAUGGCAAUGAAGAAGAAGAUGAUGAAGAUUGUGAUGAAUAGGAUUAAAGUGAAUCUAAAUUAAAAAAAACUAAAAAAAAAUAAAAGAACGAUAAAAAUAACAAAUUCAACAAAGAGAAUGGUAAUAUACCCUUGGAAAGCUAAUUAGACAGUGAUGAUGAAUGUGAAAGCUAUGAAAAUGGUAAAGAUGGUUAGCUGAAAAAAAGAAAUAAAAAGGCUAAUAAGAUGAUGAGCGGGGAAGAUAAAUAAUUUUUAGAAGAUUAAGUUAAUUUGAUUAAUCAUUAGACAAAAGGAUAAAAUAAGGUUAUACCAGAAAAAAGGAAUUCAUAAAGCAGCUAGAAAACAAAGGAAGAUAUUAGUUAUACUCAAAACACUCAUAGUGAUCAAAGGUCUUCUAAAGCAGAAUAAUCUGGAGCAAAUACCCCAAAUAAGAAUAACACAGACAUUUCUAAUUUUAUCAAGGCUUAAGACACUAGUCAUAUUUUAUUAAAUGAAGAAAUUUAGAAAGAUCCUUAAAAUCACACUUAUGAUGAAAGCAUAAACGAUUAAAAUAGCAUAUUAGCUUAGUUAAAAUCUAAUUAAGGAUCUCUUAAAAAUCUUAAUCCAAUUAAUACUCUAAAUAACUAGUAAGAUUAAUAACAUCAUGAUAAUUCUCUAAAUCUUAACUAUUAAGAAGAGUUGCUUAAUGAAAUUAAUACAGAAGAUAAAUAAAAGAAAGAAAAUAGCCAAAACUCUUAGAAGGAAAAUCAACAAGCAGAUUAGUAGUCUGGUGUAAAUUAAGAGUAAAGUCAAAAGUAAGAUACUAGUAAAAAAUAAGAGAGUUCUUAAAAUAACGGAGCUUCUAGUCCUUCUUAAAAUAAAAAAUAGCCAAAUAAGUAUAAAGAAAUUCUAAAUAAAAAUCUUGUUUAAGUGUAAAGAUAUCCAAUCAAAGAGACAGAAGGAGAAGAGUCUUUGCAUAUUGUACAUGAUGAUACUUCUGAUGAGCAUGAUUAGAUUGUAAAAGUGAAAAUUCUUCAAGAUUAAUAAACUAGGAACUCUCAUUCUUCUUAUGAAUCUCUUAAAUAAAUUAGAAAAAAGGGCGAAUAGAACAAUUCAGAAUUAGAUGAAAUAGAAAGAAACAAAUUAAACAGCUUAACUCCAGAGGAGCUGCUUGAUUUACGAAUCCAAUAAAAUAAAAGAAGAAUUAGGAAAAUAAAUAGACGUCCUCAUAUCAUAAAGUAAGAUAUGGAAAAACUUAUUGAGAAUGCAAUAAUAUUUGAUAUCAAAUGUAGAUUGCCUAAGAAUAUUGAUUUUAUUGAAGAAAUCAAAACAGAUCCUAGGCACGGUGAAUUAGCAUUUGGUAGAGAAAGCUACUUACUUGAUUCUGCUCCUAAGAUUAGGUCAUUUAGAGGAUAUGAUUAAGAAAUGAUGAGACCUUGUGCUAUGAUGCUAUACCUUAUUGACUAAUACUGUGAUCCUUAAAUUGUAAAAGAGUGGCACCUUAUGCAACACUUUUAAUAUAAUGCUCAAAUCGAAGAAAAUAGAUUCUUGAAUCUUUAAAUGAAUACAUAAAAAAAUUCUUCAAGUUUAACUGAAAGCAAUGUUACCAAAAAGAAUUUUUGUUAUGGGAACAAGGCAGAAGUUUCAACUUCUUAGAAUAUUUUCUUAAACCCUACUCUUUUAUUAAUGGACAGUCCAUUAGUCUAUGAAUUCCGUCAUUUUGAGUACAAUUUCUUUUUAGAAGUUGAAGACUUCUAUCCUAUUGAGUAAAUUCUAUUGAAUCGUUUCAAAGAUAGAAAAAUUUAUGAAGAAGACGAGUUGAUUUUCAUAUUUACUUCACUAAUUGAAUGUGUUUUGGGUUUCAGAGCAAAGAACAUUUGCUUAGGAAAUAUUUAAAUUGAGCACGUUGCUUUUUGCCCUGCUUCGAAUUCAUAUAAGUUUUUUAAUCUCACCAAGGCCUAAGUUUAUGAAGAAUAAAAUUAAGAAAAAAAAUAUAAUAUCUAUUACUCUAAAAUAUACCAACCACCUGAAAUUGCCGAAAUAGAAGGAUAAAAAGAUCAUGGAUAGAUUUUUAAUAUUUUUGCAGGAGAUUUGUAUGCACUCGGAAUAACACUACUCUGCUUUAAGUAUCAUUUGAUCUCUAAUAACAGAACAUCUAAUUUCAUAUAAAACAGAAUAGAAAUGUGUAAAAAUAGUAUGCAACUCUCUGGUAUUAUUAUUAAUUAUCUUUUGGAGUAAGAUCCUAAACAAAGGUUGUUAAAUAUGAAAUUCAUACAAAAAGAUCUCCAUGAUUAUUUGAAAAAGAAUAAUUAAGUUAAUAAGAAGCUAUCUCAGUAAGAAAUAUUAUCUCCUCCUCCACCUUCUUCACCUAAUAAAACUUCCAAAAAUUAAGAUGAUGUUAAACCAGGAAUUAAAUUAAAUCCUGAUGAAUUUAAAAAUGAAAAAUUAAUAGCAGUUAACCCACCUUAAAAAAAGUAAAAGAAUAGUGAUACUGAAGACAGUGACGAUGAAAACUUAGAUGAAAUUAAAAAAAAUAGUAACAUCAUAUGCACUUCAUGGAAUACAAACAAUAACAAGUAUUUUAUGCAUAGAAGCAAUGCCCCUGAUUAUGAGUUAGAAGUAUAUUGGAACGAAGGAAAAUCAAUAAAUAAUUAAAAACUGAACCCACCUAGUAUAAAAAAGAUUGCAAAGUAAAUUCAUGACAGAAUCUAAUCAGCAUAAGAUAUUGCCAGAAUGUACAAAUAUACAUUUUAAUGGGAAAAGGCUUCGAAUUAAUAUAUAAAUAAUUUAGAAAUUAUGAAGCAGCAGAGCAAUAAAGUAUCAGAUAGCGAAAUUCUUCGUACAGUUAAUUAAAUUUGGCAGAGUCUCUACUAUAAUAAUGAACUUGAAGAUUCUCUUCAUUACAAUGAAGUCUAUUUUAAUAACAUUCAUACUCUUUUUAUCCAUGAUGAAGUUUCUAUGGCUUACGAUCAUUUGCUAAGUGGAAAGCUUAAGUGGAUACUCAAUCACAAAGUAGAUAGCAGUUAAGAUUUUGAUAUUGCUUUGAUGUGCACAGAACAGUAUCCCUUAGAUAAAGCAAAAGUUUUAAUUUUGUUAGGGGAUUUCUUCGCAGAAGAUUCAGAAAUUUCUGCAGAACAAUAUUACAAAGAUGCUCUUGAAAUACUCUAGACUAUCAUACUAAAUUAAAAAGAUGUAAUGAAAUCAUCAGCUACAAAUAAUUUUAUGAAGGACAGCUAAGCAACAAUGCAAACUACUGAAGAAGAAUAAGAUUUUGAUGAUUUAUUUGAAAGAGAAGAAUAUGUAAUCAUGAAAUUAAAAGAAAGAACUUAACAUUAGCUUGCUAUUAUUGAAGAUAUUCAAAUGUCUGAACUUAGAGAAAAGCUAGUUUUCCUAGAAGAAAAUUCAUAAAAAUUAAGCUCAAUAGAAAAAGCUAAGAUUUAGCUUGAUGUAGCUAACCAAUAUUGCCAUCAGUUUUUGAAGUAUAACGAAGCCGAUUACUAUUAUUAAGAAGCAUUAAACACUUUAUAAUGUAAGCAACCAAACAAAUAAAGUAGUGAAGCGAUGAGAUCCUCUUCAUAGUAGAAAAUGGCAACAAGCUCUUCUAGAGAAAAAAGAAUGAAAAAAUCGAGCUAAUAGAGUGAAAUUAAAGAAGCCCAGUAAUAGUAGUAGCUUAAAAAGAAUACAUCAUCAUCUUCAUCCUCAGCUUCUAUAAAUGUUCAAAAUAAGGACCUUGAUUAUGAUAUUUAAAAAUUCAGGAUAGUAAACUAUUUAAAGAUGAAUAACGAAGAUGAAGCAAACAAAAUGAUAUAAAAAAUAGUGGCAGAUAAUACCCCAGAAAAUGGUAUAAAAAAUAUUGAUAAUAUUUUAUAACUAGCAAUUAUAUUAGAGGAAAAUUUAUUCCAUGAAUAUUGCCUAGAACUUUAUAAUCGUUGUUAUGCUUUGGCCACUGUACAAUUAGGUGCAAAGAACGAAUUUACUCUAAAAUUAAAAGAUAAAAUCAAUAAAUUAUGA